CCGCCACCGCCAGCGGGGGAUGCUGACCGCCGCGUCCAGAAUCUGCGGCAAAUCCGGCCUCGCCACCACCACCACCCGUGCUAUGCCAUUUUUCCUCUCCACCUUCCCCGCACCCACCGCCGCCGCCGCUCCCUCUGCCACUCCUACGGCCCAAAACCCUAGCCCACACCGCCGCCCCCCUCCCCCGCCCCGCCGCGCCCUUGCCUUCUUCGCCGCCGCCGCCGCCGCGCGGUUAGCUGCCCUGUCACCCUCGCGCACGCGGGCCAUGGCGUCGCUGGCGACGUCGACGGCGGCCGCGGCCGCUACGGAGGUGACGCACCUCUCGCAGCGCGACGCUGCGGAGAUCGACGAGCAGCUCAUGGGGCCCCUCGGCUUCAGCGUCGACCAGCUCAUGGAGCUCGCGGGGCUGAGCGUAGCGGAAGCCGUUGCGGAGGUUUAUAAGUUGAGUGAACAUAAAAGGGUUCUUAUCAUCUGUGGUCCAGGAAACAACGGUGGUGAUGGUCUCGUUGCUGCUCGUCAUCUUUAUCAUUUCGGAUACAAACCAUUUGUUUGUUAUCCAAAACGUACAGCCAAACCUCUGUAUUCUGGCCUUGUUACUCAGCUUGAAUCACUGGGUAUCCCGUUCGUGCCUGUUGAAGAUCUAUUUAACAACUUACCAGGCCAGUUUGACAUUGUUAUUGAUGCAAUGUUUGGCUUCUCAUUUCAUGGAACACCCCGACCACCCUUUGAUGAUCUUGUCCAAAUGCUUGUUUCUCUGAGUGCUAAUGAUGAUUUAGCGAAAAGGCCGCCAAUCGUUUCUGUUGAUAUUCCUUCUGGGUGGCAUGUAGAAGAGGGAGAUGUCAAUGGAGGAGGAAUUAAGCCUGAUAUGCUGGUAUCACUGACUGCACCAAAGCUCUGUGCGAAAAAAUUUACUGGCCCACACCAUUUUCUCGGGGGUAGAUUUGUUCCGCCUCCUAUUUCGAGCAAAUAUGGGCUCGAACUUCCUCCAUAUCCUGGCACCUCAAUGUGUGUGAGAAUUGGAAAAGCACCAUCAGUUGACAUUUCAUCACUGAGGGAAAAUUAUAUUUCCCCAGAACUUCUUGAGAAUGAAGUGAUCCCUGAUCCAUUUGAUCAGUUCCGUAAAUGGUUUGAUGAAGCAGUUACUGCUAACCUGCGAGAACCAAAUGCCAUGGCUUUAACAACUGUCAGUAAAUCAGGAAAACCUUCUUCAAGAAUGGUUCUUCUAAAAGGUUUUGAUAAGCAUGGCUUCGUUUGGUACACAAAUUAUGAUAGCCAAAAGGCACAUGAUUUGUCAGAAAAUUCAAAUGCUGCACUUCUUUUCUACUGGAAUGAGAUGAACCGCCAGGUUAGAGUAGAAGGGUUGGUUCAGAAGGUUUCAGAAGAAGAGUCUGAAAAGUAUUUCCACAGCCGCCCACGUGGAAGUCAGCUUGGUGCCAUAGUUAGCAAGCAGAGCACUGUAAUUUCUGGAAGGGACGUUCUUCAACAGGCGUACAAGGAAUUGGAACAAAAAUAUUCGGAUGGUAGCUUCAUCCCAAAACCUGAUUACUGGGGUGGCUACCGGUUGACACCAAAUCUUUUUGAGUUCUGGCAAGGCCAACAGUCUCGUCUGCAUGACCGGCUGCAGUAUUCACAGCGAGAAGUAGAUGGGAGCACAGUAUGGCACAUCGAGAGGUUAUCCCCUUGAUCAGUAACCCCCUUAAAGCUCUUGGUAAGUAAAAGGACCGUCUUAUCACCAGCGCUCGAAUCUUAUUCAGCUGCAAGGACCAUCUCAUGAUUAGGGCCCGUGUUUGAGUUCCUGGAGCUCCAUUUUGCACUUGGUUUUUCGUUGGAGCACAAGGAUGGAUGAGGAAUGGAGGUGAUCGGAUUUUGUUAUAAAUGACAUUCAUUUGACCAUACAGCAGAAUCUUGGGAUAUAAAUUCCAUUUUUUACGUAUUUGGUGUGUCAGUAUGUCAUACUUUAGAUGGUUCUGUUGGACAUGGUGGGUGAAUUACGAUAGCUCUGUAUACUGUAUAGAUGGACUGAUCUUAUGUUCUGAGUUGAGUUUCUAUUUGGCAUGAAGCAAAUAAAUAA